AUCUUUUCCUUGAAACUCCAAAAGGCUUCGGCUUUUAUAUUUUACUUGGUAGAGUUGAUGAUGUAUUUGUUCAUACUACUGGAGAAAAGACAAAUCCAAUACAGAUAGAAAAUACAAUUCGUCUUAAUAAAUUUGUUAAACAGGUAGCCGUUGUUGGACAUAAUAAACCAUUAAAUUGUCUCUUAAUAGAACUUGAUUUCGAAAUUUUUAAAAAGGCACCCUUAUUAAGUAUCAUGAAAAGCAUUUUAGAUUCAAUCCAUCAAGCAAAUAAUGAUUGUCCAUCACAUUCACGAAUCUUUGAUGAAAUGGUUUAUGUCUUACCUAUUGAAGGAAAAAUAUUAACUCGAACAAUGAAAAAUAAUAUACAACGUAAAAAACUUGAAAUAGAAUUUAAAGAGGAAAUAGAGAAACUUUACAAUGAUUUUGAAAAUAUCAAAUUUGUUCCGAAUGAAGAAUCCAUUUCUAAUGAUCAAUUAAAUGAAGAUUUUGUAAAAGAUACUGUAUUAAAUUCUCUCAAAACCUGUAUUGGAGUUUCAUUAUCCCAAAUUACCGAAUAUGAAGCUUCAUUCUUUGCUCUUGGUCUAGACUCUUUAUCUGCAACCAAAUUACGAGCUAUUCUUCAAAAACAAAUUUCGGUUAUUAAUCUUCCCAACAAUGUAAUUUUUGAGUAUAAUACUGUUCAAAGUCUUACAAAUUAUCUGAUGAGAGAAUUAUCAAAAAUCAGUAUCCCACGAAAUAAAAAUAUUACUGAUGACUAUAAAGAAAAAUUAAAAGUACUUCAAAAUGAAGUGAAUUUAUAUAUUCAAAAAUAUAGUAAAAUUGAAGACUUUCCCUCUGUAAGGCGUAUUAAUGAAAUUUUAAAUGGAAAAAAUAAAAUUAUAAAUGGUGAAACGAUCCUUAUAACGGGAGUUACUGGAUCUCUUGGCUCUUUCAUUCUUCGAGAUUUGUUAAAAAAUCCAAAUGUACUUAAAGUUUAUUGCUUGGUGAGAGCAUCAGAUGAAAAUAAUGGAUGGGCUCGAUUAAAAAAUUCAUUUGAACAACGUAAUUUAGAUACUUCGUUAUUAUCUAAACAACAGGUUAUCAUUCUACCGUGUGACUUGGGUGAUUCAAAAUUUGGACAAACAGAAAAGAUUUACUCAAAACUUGUACAAGAGGUAACACAAAUUUAUCAUGUAGCUUGGAGAUUAGACUUUAAUAGUAAAAUUGAAGCUUUCGAACGUGAAAAUAUUGGUGGAACCGUUCAUUUACUUAUGCUUGCUCGUGAAGCAUAUGCUCAUCAUCAAAAUGUUCAUUUUAAUUUUAUAUCAAGUAUCAGUACAACUCUGAGAUCAAAAACAAAUAUUAAAGAGGAUGAAUUACCUAAAGAUAUUUCAUGUGCAUUAAUUAAUGGAUAUGGUUUAUCAAAAUUUAUUACUGAACAUGUAUGUUCAGAAUGGUCACGAAAAAUUGGUUUCAAACUUGAUAUUCAUCGCGUUGGACAAAUUUGUGGAGAUUCAAUUACGGGGAUUUGGAAUACUCGAGAACAUAUUUCUCUUAUGAUAAAAGGUGCACAAAUUAUGAAAGUUAUGCCAGAUUCAUAUUCUUCAUGUGUCGAUUGGAUUCCUGUAGAUGUAGUAUCCCAAAGCAUCGUUGAAAUUUCUUUGAAUGCACCUUUUGAUAAUGAUAAUAAUGAAAUUGUCCGAGUUAAUCAUAUAAUUAAUCCAAAGAUAAUUUCAUGGAAUGAAUUCUUAAAAUUUUUACAACAAAGUGGAAUUAAUUUUAAAGUUGUUUCAAAUAAAGAAUGGUUAAAUACAUUAUUAAAAACUCCUGAAUAUCAAGAUGUAGAUAAAAAUCCGUUAGCUUCAUUAUCAGGAUUCUUUGAAAACGUCAUAUGUGAAUUUGAACGAUAUAAUCCGUUAUUUGAAACUCAGAAAUCAGUAAAUCGUAGUUUGACACUUUCUAAUU